AUCAAAUUUAUAUACCCUACUUUCCUUUUCUUUCUUCUCUGCAUAUAUAACCACAACUUGCAGACUAAAAAAACCCUAGCUUUUGCCCCACAUAUUGCUUCAUCUUCUCAUUCCCAUCGGAGCUUCUACUACCUUUCCUAAUCGCCCAGAGUAUGGCCAUGGUCAUGGGGGGCGAGAUGGAUCAAGCUGGGGAGAAAAGGAUGAACAUCGUUGUCGGCCCGUGGGGAGGAGGCGGUGGAACCUAUUGGGACGAUGGCAAUUACAGUGGGGUGAGAGAGAUCAGAUUGGUUUAUGGCGAUUGCAUCGACUUGAUCCAAGUGGUGUACGAUAAGAAUGGUAAGCCUGUUUCGGCAGAACAACACGGAGGUGUUGGAGGAACUCAGAAGGCUGAGAUUAAGCUGCAGUUCCCUCGUGAGUUCUUGACAAGUGUGAGCGGUCACUAUUGUCCGGUGGUGUAUGGAGGUAGUCCUGUGAUCCGAUCACUCGUGUUCAAGAGUAAUCAGAAAACCUACGGGCCUUUUGGAGUUGAAGAAGGGGUUCCGUUUUCGUUUUCAACAGAAGGAGGUGUGGUCACCGGCUUCAGGGGGAGGAGUGGCUGGUACCUAGAUGCCAUCGGCUUCAGUUUAUCUCAUCAUAUCCGAGCAACAAAUCUCUACAAAAAGGUUCAAAAGCAGCUUAAGAAGUUAGUCAGCACCAAAUCCAGAUCUUAAGGGCUCAAAGAUGACAAUGGAAACCAGCCGGCAUCUAAGGUUAAUGCCUAGUGAAAAAUUGAUCUAAAAGGUUGCCAGUAUUGUACGAGAACAGGGAGGUUAUGUCAGCAGUAUUGUAUGGGAACAGUGUCUAUACGGCUAAAAAUAAUUACCAAAGGAUGAGUAUCAAGUAGAACUAGGGUGGCUAAAGAAUUGAUGUAAUGGUCAGCCAAAAAAAAAAAAGAAAAAAAAAAAGAAUUGAUGUAAGACCUCGAUUUAAUGGCCUAAAAUCUCUAUUGCCAGAAAUAUUAGAAUAAAGAUUUCAGUCUGAAACUUCACAUUAUGAUUAGAGGAAAUAGUAAAUCUCAAAUAAAACAAACAAAUGUUCGUUUCAUA